UCUGUCUCGCUCCUUGGAUCCUUCCCUUUGAGAGAUCGAUCUCUUUCUCUCUCAUGCCUCCGCCUCGCUAGGGUUCGGCUCCACUCCGACCUGCCUUCUUCGUCCUCCGUCCCGUGUUGCCACGGCCACGCCAUCCGCCGCCUUCCACGAUCCACAUCUCCAUCGGCGCCGUCCCUCUCCUCCGUCUCCCGUCAUGCCAGCAGACAACCCUUCCUCUCCCUGCGAUCGCCGCCACCCCCACAUCCUCUUGGACAAGAAGUGCCUAAUCGGCUUUUCGGAAAAUUCCACCGCUGCAAAAACCAAGAACAGCCAAGGGCUCGACGUCGAGGUCUCUCUGAAAACAGCCGAUCCCCCGGCCAUCUCACUGUGCUUUGCCCGCUGCGUCGAUCAUCAGGCCACCGGGAACAAUCGCUUGGCCGGAGAGCCUUUUAUACAUGGUAUAGCUGGAGGGUUCAUACUGCUGGCUAUCGCUUUCUUGGACAGUGUCAACCAUUAUUUGCGGUACAUCGACUACUUCGUUUACAAAGCAGGAGGGCCACGUCCCGCCUCUCUCCAUCUUCUCCCAAGGCCCUAUCCGUCUUCUUUUUCACGAAAUUUGGUUGCAGUCUUGCCUAUCAGUGACGACGACAGCGAAGAAGACUUUGCUCUCGUUUUCCCUCGUGUUGAAUAUCUCGUGCUCGAGUCUCGCAGGCAUUACACACUACUCGUCUAUCGCUCCGACACGAAUGCUUGGCGCUCUCAGGUGGCUUACAUCGCCGACGAGGAUAGUGAAACAAUGAAUGCUAAGCAUAAGAUAUCGGUUCAUCGUGCCAUGAGCGUGGCGUAUGCAGAAAAGGGUGUCAUAGGCUGGAUCGAUCUUUGGUGGGGAAUUCUCUUGUGCAAUGUUUUGGACAGCAAGCCUAUCAUCCGUUUUGUUCCGUUGCCAAUAUCGGAACCGUGUGAUCCCUCUGAGUUCCACCUGACGUUUGAGGAUCUCACCCCGAGACCGCACCGUCAUGUCACGAUAUGCAAUGGUUUGAUCAAAUUUGUUGGAUUAAAUUUCCAUGCAGACAAUGCCAUUCGCAGCAUGAAGCAAGCACGAGAUCAUGGUUGGACGGCUAGAACAUGGACCAGAUCAAUCUAUUCAGAUGAUGUUUGGCAUGAUGGCAUGACGAUUGAUACGUCUGAGAUAUAUUUCACUGACCCGAGUUUGCCGAGUCUCUUGCCUGGGAUGUUUGAUGAGGAAAACAAUUUGACAUGGGGGAAGUUCACCACUGCAGGCCCUACAUUAAGCUUGCUCGAUGACGAUAUUAUUUACAUCAUGGCGAAGGAGAGCGUGUGCCAUCGGACAGCAUAUGUACUCGCUGUCAACACUAAAAGUUCAAAGCUCGAAUCUGGUGCGCAAUGUUCUGCUCAAAAGAUGAGGUGGUUCGAACCCACCUAUGAGCCGUGUCUUCUUUUUAGCUCUUUCGGCACAACUUCAGAGUUGGUUAAAGAAUUUGAAACCAAAGCGGCAGUUAUGGAAAUCAAGGAGGGACCGAUCCUCUCUGUGUUGUCGGAGCGUCUCCACGCGCUGCGGAAGCAGCAGAAUCGCGUCGCGCGGACGGAAGAGUCCGUCGCCGCCGGCAAGACGCUUAGCCAGGAGCAGAAAGAGGCGAUGCGCUCCAAGCCUAUCCUCGCCGCCGUCAUCGACGAGCUCGAGCGCCUCCGCGCGCCGCUCGCCGCCGCCCUCGCCGAGGAGCUCUCCACUAUCUCCGCCCCUGCUGCCGGUUCCUCGUCCAUCUAGGACCUCCUCGUUCUUCAGCUGCACUAUUUCCAUUCUGUCUUUCACUAGAAUCCUUGUGAGUUUUUCUAUGCUAGGUGCUGGGAGUCACUGGAGCAGAUGACGUAGAGUUGCGGCUAGGUUGGCAGCUUAAAAAAAUAAGCCACCUUCUCCUCAGCUUAUCCCAUAAGACAUCUCUCUUAUUGAUUGGGGCUUCUAAAUUAGUUAUGAGAUAACUAAUUUAGAAGUCUCAACAAAUUUGAAGAACGGCUUAUUUUUUUAGCUGAAGAGAGGCAGCUUAUUUUUUAAGCCGCCCAAAAGAACUGGCCCCUAAUAAAAUGUUUCUCCUUGCGCGUGAUCUACUUGCCUGGUUUGUUUAGCGUUGGGAAGGUUCUGCUGGUAGGAUUUGGUCAGACAACUGACAUAGAGAACAAUUCUGGUUUCUUGUGUUCCCAGACGAAGACUUGUCCAGCUCGAUCCUCC